CAGUUCCAAUUCAAGGACGGGUGUUUACAUUUCAAGUGGCUCUUUGCACCUGUUCUGCGAUGACAUUGCAUUUUCACUAGAAAUAACACUUGACGAGUAGAAGGAGCCGCUGGACGUUAUGAAAAGUGAGACAAGAAGAAGACAGCUGUUGGAUCUGGAAUUGGAAAACCAAUUACAUAGGAAGACAUGGCAUUCCGCAGGGCAGCAAAGAGAACCAUUUUUCUUGGAGGUGGCGCAGUUGCUGCAAUUUAUAGCCUUUCCCAGCUUUCUGCAUACAAGAAACAGACACAGCAUAUGUUUGUGGACGCUGCAGAACCAACAAAAUUACUUAAUCACGAUGAGCUUCCUUCAAGAGAAUCUCAGCUGUGUGUUCUUCAGAAUACAAAGGAAUUUGAUGUGCUUGUUGUUGGAGGCGGGGCAACAGGCUCAGGUUGUGCCUUGGACGCGGUCACAAGAAAUCUUAAAACAGCCCUGGUGGAGCGAGAUGAUUUCUCAUCAGGUACAAGCAGCAGGAGUACCAAACUCAUUCAUGGAGGAGUAAGAUAUCUACAGAAAGCCAUUAUGAAAUUAGAUUAUGAACAGUACGUGAUGGUAAAAGAAGCCCUUCAUGAACGUUCUAAUCUUCUGGAUAUAGCUCCUCAUUUGUCAGCACCGUUACCCAUCAUGCUUCCUGUUUACAAGUGGUGGCAGUUACCAUACUACUGGGCUGGUAUAAAGAUGUAUGAUCUUGUGGCAGGAGGUCAGUGUUUGAAGAGUAGCUAUGUCCUCAGUAAAGCAAAAGCCCUUGAACUUUUCCCCAUGCUAAAGAAAGACAAGCUUGUUGGAGCUAUUGUCUAUUAUGAUGGACAACACAAUGAUGCACGAAUGAACCUCGCCAUCGUCCUCACUGCUGCCAGGUAUGGUGCUGCCACAGCCAAUUACACUGAAGUAGUGCGACUACUAAAGGAGACAGAUCCUCAAACUGGAACAGAGCGGGUCUGUGGAGCCCGGUGCAAAGAUGUUAUAACAGGGAAGGAAUUUGAUGUCAGAGCAAAAUGUGUUAUCAAUGCCACAGGACCUUUCACAGACUCGGUGCGGAAAAUGGAUGAUGAGAAAAUUCCUAACAUCUGUCAGCCCAGCGCUGGUGUGCACAUUGUCAUUCCUGGUUAUUACAGCCCUGACAACAUGGGACUGCUGGACCCAUCCACUAGUGAUGGACGGGUUAUCUUCUUCCUACCGUGGGAGAAAAUGACUAUUGCUGGGACCACCGACUCUCCUACUGAUGUUACUCUGCAUCCAGUGCCUAGAGAAGAGGAUGUUAGUUUUAUCCUGAAUGAAAUCCGCAACUAUCUGAGCCCUGAUGUUGAAGUGAGAAGAGGGGAUGUCUUGGCAGCAUGGAGUGGCAUUCGUCCUCUAGUCACUAAUCCAAACUCCAAGGAUACCCAGUCCAUUUGUCGUAAUCACAUAGUGAAUAUCAGUGAAAGUGGACUUGUUACAAUAGCUGGUGGAAAAUGGACAACAUAUAGGGCAAUGGCAGAGGAAACAUUAGAUUCAGCCAUGAAGGCACACAAAAUGAAGUCCAGUAAAUGUAACACAGUUGGUCUGAUGCUCGAGGGAGGAAAAGAUUGGACCCCUACUUUGUACAUCCGUUUGGUGCAGGACUACGGCCUGGAGAUGGAGGUUGCUCAGCAUCUUGCUUCGACAUAUGGUGAUAAGGCCUUUGAUGUAGCCAAACUGGCUAAGGUUACUGGAAAGAGGUGGCCUGUAGUUGGAAAACGAUUGGUGUCAGAGUUCCCUUACAUUGAAAGUGAGGUUCAAUAUGCAAUCAAAGAAUAUGCCUGCACUGCCAUAGAUAUUAUUGCACGCCGUACUCGGCUUAGUUUCCUAAACGUUCAAGCCGCUGAAGAAGCACUACCAAGAAUCGUGGAAAUAAUGGGCAAGGAACUGAAGUGGAGUGAGCAGAAGAAAAAGGAAGAACUUGAAGCAGCUAAACAGUUCCUUUAUUAUGAAAUGGGCUCUAAGACACAUUCAGAGCAACUUACUAACACUGAAAUCAACCUUACACCUGCUGAUGUAGACAGGUAUAAAAACAGAUUUCACAAAUUUGACAAACAAAAGAAGGGAUUUAUUACAGUAGUGGAUGUUAAACAUGCAUUAGAGAGCAUAAAUGUCCAGAUUGAUGAAAACACACUCCAUGAUAUUCUAAAUGAAGUUGACCUGAACAAAAAUGGACAGGUUGAAUUCAAUGAAUUCUUACAGCUUAUGAGUGCUGUCCAGAAAGGUCGUGUUUCUGGUAGCAGAUUCGCUAUGCUGAUGAAAACAGCUGAAGAGAACCUAGAUGAGAGAGAAGCUGUGUCAGUGGACCGUAGUUGUGGAGGAGUUUAAGUUAUAAAGUGCCAACUGAACCCUUGAGCUCGAAAAAAUGCAAAUCUGCAGCUGCUGCUCCUGUUUAUUGCCAGUUAUCCAAAACUUACUGAGUGGGGUGGGGGGGUGUUACUAAAAAUAAAACACAUCCAAUAAACUUUUUCAGCAGUGAAUUUCGUUCUAGGCAUUCACUGUAGCAGAAUGUACUUUUUUUUUUUUUUGUUAAUUUAAAUAAAAUAUGUUUUGUCCAGUGUCUGAAGUAAAACUAUAGUGGAAAAAUAAGGUUUUUGUUUUUUUUAUUUAUUUAUUUUUUAAUCAAUAUGGAUGUCAGCUUGACAUAUAAUAAUGACUUAAACAGCACUGAAUCUUAAUACUACUUCUCUAAAAGUCCUAACCCUUCUGUAUUGUGGACCAGUUCCUGUUGUAUUUUAUUUUCUGUCAGUAAUUCUCAAGGGAAAACAGCAGUUUUAGUGUAGUUAAUAAGUGUCUGUAUAUUAAGAUCCACUUCAGUUUAGAUCAUUGACUAGACCCCUUAGUCUCUUAUAGUUUUACUUUAGGAUUUAUGAUUUGGUUUAUGAGUGUCUGUUGUGUCAGUGUGCUGCCAGAGUAUGCCAUAAACGUUUUUUAAUAUUUAUUCCUUUAAUGGACCAUUAUUUUGUUUUAUUUUGACCUCCUUCAUUUGCAAAUUUUUAUUCCAACUUAAAAAAUAUGUUAUGUGCUUCCUACAUAUUAAGCAUUUUGGGACUAUUAAAGAACACAGAUGUG